CUGUCUCAUGCAAGCACAUUAUCCUUGGGUGCAGAAGUACUAGAAUUCUAGAAAGCAACUUUCUUCGUUAUUCUACAAAGAAAAAAAGAUGGCAAUCAAAAUCCAUGCUUUGCUUUGCUUGGGCCUUGUCUUAAGCUUUAUGUCUAUGGCUUCUGCCAUUUCAGGAACUGCCACUUACUAUACUGUAUAUGUUCCGUCUGCAUGCUACGGGUAUCAAGACCAAGGAGUUAUGAUAGCGGCGGCUAGCGAUGCCCUGUAUGAAAAUGGGGCUGCGUGUGGCAGAAUGUACAGGGUUAGGUGCACAGGCCCUACAAACCAAGGAGUACCACAGCCUUGCAGGGGUGAAGUAACAGUGAAGAUCGUAGAUCGUUGCCCAUCCCCAGGAUGCCAAUCAACCAUUGACCUCUCUCAAGAGGCCUUCUCCGCCAUCGCUGACCCUGCAGCUGGAAAAAUCAACAUAGAAUACAACCAGGUUUGAUUCUCCACGAAGAGAAUUAUAAGCCGUUUCUCCAUGAAGAGAGUAAUAGUAUUGAUAAUGAUGCUGCAAUAAGAAGCUGAUCAUGGAAAUUGGUCAUUUUUCCAUGGAACAGAACGAUCGAUCUGGCGAUAGAAUAGUACUUGUAUCAUUGUAUGUGUUCACCAAAAAAGAAAAGAAAUAAUACGAAUCCUUCAACUC